GCCGCAGGAAGGGCCUGCAGGGGAGGAGCUCCUCCCCACGGGGGAGGCGGCGGCAGACUCCUACCCCAACUGGCUCAAGUUCCACCUUGGCAUCAACCGCUAUGAGCUGUACUCCAGACACAAUCCCGCCAUCGAUGCCCUGUUGCACGACCUGGGCUCUCAGAGGAUCACCAGUGUGGCCAUGAAGUCAGGGGGCACGCAGCUGAAGCUCAUCAUGACCUUCCAGAAUUACGGGCAGGCGCUGUUCAAACCCAUGAAGCAAACGAGGGAGCAGGAGACGCCCCCUGACUUCUUUUACUUCUCCGACUACGAGCGGCACAACGCGGAGAUCGCGGCCUUCCACCUGGACAGGAUCCUGGACUUCCGCCGCGUCCCCCCUGUGGCCGGCAGGAUGGUCAACAUGACCAAGGAAAUCCGCGAUGUCACCCGCGACAAGAAGCUGUGGAGAACCUUCUUCAUCUCUCCAGCCAACAACAUCUGCUUCUACGGCGAGUGCUCCUACUACUGCUCCACGGAGCACGCGCUGUGUGGGAAGCCGGACCAGAUCGAGGGCUCGCUGGCCGCCUUCCUGCCCGACCUGUCGCUGGCCAAGAGGAAGACCUGGCGCAACCCCUGGCGGCGCUCCUACCACAAGCGCAAGAAGGCCGAGUGGGAGGUGGACCCUGACUACUGCGAGGAGGUGAAGCAGACCCCACCCUACGACAGCAGCCACCGCGUCCUGGACGUCAUGGACAUGACCAUCUUCGACUUCCUCAUGGGGAACAUGGACCGCCACCACUACGAGACCUUUGAGAAGUUUGGGAACGAGACAUUUAUCAUCCACUUGGACAAUGGCAGAGGGUUCGGGAAAUACUCGCAUGAUGAGCUGUCCAUCCUGGUGCCUCUACAGCAGUGCUGCAGGAUUCGGAAGUCCACCUACCUGCGGCUGCAGCUGCUGGCCAAGGAGGAGUACAAGCUGAGCAGACUGAUGGCCGAGUCCCUGCAGAGGGACAAGGUGGCGCCCGUGCUAUACCAGCUGCACCUCGAGGCCCUGGACCGGAGGCUGCGCGUGGUGCUGCAGGCGGUGCGGGACUGCGCGUAA